GCUGCGCGGUUUGAGCUCCUGCCCCACGCUGCGCCGAGCGGAGCGGGGCGACGGGCGCUGGGCCAGGAGUGCUCCCGGAUAGGCCUGGCCUUCUCUCGGGAGCCUCCUCCGGGGGCGGCGAGAGGGCCACGCUGAGGCGGGAGCGGAGGGAUCCGAGCAGGCGGGGUUGUAAGGUCCACUGAAUGUUCCCUUGUGAAGCAAGUGAUUUAUCAUAGCUUGGUUUUCUGAGACCUCUGCCCAGGUAUCCACCUUCAGCUCCCCGUUCCUAGGGCCAAGCUCAGACUUGCUGUGUAUGGAUGGCCCGGACUGCCCCGGAAGGGAGAGGUGCUGAUUUCCCUGAGCUGCUGGAUGCCAGCGCUGAGUAGGUAUGGAGAACUUGGUAGCUGGCUCCAAUCUUCCUCCACUUUUCACAGAUGAGGAUGGAUCUAAGGAAGGUGGUGAAAUUAAUGUAACUGGAUUAGCUAAUUCAGAGAGUUCAUUCAGUGGUGGAACUUCACAGCCUGUGAAUAACCCAGAUUUGGUGGAAGACCUGUCACAGGCUCAGCAGCAGCAAAAUGAGUCUUCUACUGCUGCUGAAACCACUGAGCAGAAGCCUGAGGAGGAGCAGCAAAGAACCAAGCGAGGAGGCUGGGCCAAAGGCAGGAAGAGGAAGAAACCCCUGCGGGACAGCAAUGCCCCCAAAUCGCCCCUGACCGGGUACGUGCGGUUCAUGAACGAGCGCAGGGAGCAGCUGAGGGCCAAGAGGCCCGAAGUGCCUUUCCCAGAGAUCACCAGGAUGCUGGGCAACGAGUGGAGCAAGCUGCCUCCUGAGGAGAAACGGCGGUACCUGGAUGAAGCAGACAGAGACAAGGAGCGUUACAUGCGGGAGCUGGAGCAGUAUCAGAAGACUGAAGCCUACAAAGUCUUUAGCAGGAAAGCACAGGACAGACAAAAAGGCAAAUCACACAGACAAGAUGGAGCAAGACAGCCAGCUCAUGAUCAUGAGAAAGAAGCAGAUACAAAGGAGAGAUCUGUCUUUGAUAUUCCAAUCUUCACCGAAGAGUUCCUGAAUCAUAGUAAAGCACGCGAGGCGGAGCUGCGGCAGCUGCGCAAGUCCAACAUGGAGUUUGAGGAGAGGAACGCUGCCCUGCAGAAGCACGUGGAGAGUAUGCGCACGGCCGUGGAGAAGCUGGAGGUGGACGUGAUCCAGGAGCGCAGCCGCAACACGGUGCUGCAGCAGCACCUGGACACCCUGCGGCAGGCGCUCACCAGCAGCUUCGCCGCCGUGCCGCUGCCAGGCAGUGGGGAAACCCCCACGAUGGAAACCAUCGAUUCCUACAUGAACAGACUGCACAGUAUUAUCCUGGCCAACCCACAGGAGAACGAGAACCUCAUUGCCACAGUGCGGGACGUGGUGAACAGGCUGGAGCGCUAGUGAUGGGGUCUCGUGACCCAGGGAAGCUUUACAAAGUUGUUUUGGCCAGUGUGGAAUAAGAAGCCAUGAGGGAAAGCCUGGGGUGGGAGGCAGGAUGGCAGGUUUGGGUCUUGCCUGUGUGUUCUGUCAGGGAGACAAACAGAUCAAUGCAUUCAGAGACCUUGAGAAGCCACGGACACCGCCCACUAAACAUUUGGAACUGUCCUCUGUGAACAUUUAAGAGCAUGCAACUUUUGUGCAAUGGACAUUUUUAUGGAUUUUGCUGGGUGUGAGAGUGCCUGCGUUCUGGGGACUGGCUGACUGUGGAGAUGAAAUCUCACCUCGUGAAAUGGAGCCAGCCUAUACGUUGUAGUAAUAACUUUGAUGUGUUCUAUUGCCUAAUGUCUUCUAGUGUCUUUUAUUUUGUUUUCAUGUUUAUCCUGUGGGGUUACCUUCCCUCACUCUAGCUCUCUUUUGAACUUGUUCCCUGAUUCUUGCAGUACUGGAUAGCAGCGCUUGUGUUCUCUGCUCGAACAGGGAGUUUCCCUUGGUGCACUGUCUUGUCCUGUGCCUCCUGCUAUGUUUAUAGGGAGCUUUUCUUAAGCAGAAUCCUGGGGGUUUUUUUGUGUUAGCCUGCAGUUCCUACAAUGUGAGUUUGCUCCCUGCUAGAGACUGGCUGUGGUUGAUGCUUUGUGACUUGAUUCUACUAUGAGACAGACUUCCUCUCUCCCCUCUCUUCAAGCACCUCUCUUGCACAUUCCCUCCUGCUCUUCUGUGAAGGUCUCCUAUUAUCUCUUGAAAACCUUUGCUGGAGCAUUUUACUAUCACAAAGAUUAGUGGAAAUCAAGAUAGAAAGUGAAGCAUUAGUUGUCCUCAGCAGGGAAAAUGGGAUUUUUUGGUUUAGACUAAACCCACAAAGCUUGCCUUUCCUCUGAUACAUUGUUCAGUCUAAUUUAAUGUUAUUGUCUUGUGUUUGGGAGAAUGAUCUCAUGGGGAAAGCAGUUUUCUAUAAAAAGAGAAAUGGACAUGGGGAUUGCAUUUUUUCCCUCCCCACCCUCCUGAAAUUGCUGUGCUGGGAAGCAAUGUGUCUGGAAGCAGCACAUACAUUUUUGCAUGAAUUAUUAGAGCAGAGAAGGUUAUUAGAUCCACACAGUAGCCCACAGAGCUCAGCAUUACAGCUUGUUUUUGCUCUCACCUUUUGUUCAAGUACUGCCCAUGGAGCCCAUAGCAUUCAGCAUUUUAUGUUCCAGCUGACCUAAAUGGCCUUUCCCUUGCAUUGAGUAGAGCUCUGUAUGUUUGAGUCUGAUCUUGCUGAGCUACACCACCCCUGCUGGCAGAGCUGAGGCACCCACUGUCUGCUCAGGCUUAUUCAAAACUUCCACUGCCCUUUGGUUCCUGUCAAAUUGUUCAUUGUGACUUUGGCUCAGCACUUGUUGGGCAUCUCUGGGCUUUAUGGGGGUGGUUGCUCCCACAUGACAAUCUCUUUGCUCCUGCUUAAGACAUCUGUUAAGAUUCCCUGUUAUGAAUUGGAGGUUGCUUUCGUUACUGGAGUGUGUUGCUGUCAGCAUCACUUUAAUGUACUCACGACACAAAUAUUUGGAAGAUUAAAAAGCAGUUUUUUGUUUUCUGACGUUGUGCACAUGGACUUCAUGCUGGCCUGGAGCCAUCCUUGGGUCAGCACCUUAUAUGCCAGGUCUCAGCUUACUCCUGGGGUUAUUGCUGCAACCAAGUAGCAAUAGGAUUUCCAUGGAAAUCAAGUCUUCCUGCGGGGGGGAAACUCCUUUCUCUUGUUGCCUGUUCUGCUUUCAAGACUUCACAAAAAGGAACCUCAGUUUGCUGCAUUGAAUUCCACUCCUUAGCAUGGAUGAGACCAGCUGAUGCUGCCAUGAACUUUUUUAGUGUAAUGAAUGGUGUAAAUCCUAGGGGUUGAUAAUGCCUCCAGAAGAAGCACCUACACCUUCAUCUCCUGUAUGCAUCUUGGUUUUUUAGAACUGGUGAUGUUUGACUCUCUGUUGAAGUGGCCAAAAUGCGCUGCAUAGCCAAAACUGAUUUACAAAAUCCUGAAAUUCUGUCUGUGGCAUCCUACCUAAUACCUGGAGUUGUAUCCCAUAAAGACUCCAGAAAUUCCAUGUCAUGUAGGAUGCAGUUCCAGGCUGUAACAUAUCCAAUCUGUCAGUAAGGUCAGGUGGGUUUGGGCUGCCCUGCUUACAGAAAUCUACCUGUGGAUCCUGCUCAUCCAUCUCUGCUGAGAAGUGUUGUGGGAUAGGAAAUUUAGGGUGAUAUUAUUAGCUGGGGGCUGACAAAUCUCUUGCAUUUUCCCCACAAGGAAGGAGGUGGGAUGGAUUAUCCAUCUUGAAGCAUCUAGGGGGAAACUGAGUUCUUGCUCACUGAUGGUGUGACAGAUAAGGUUUUGUCUCAUUAAGAAGCUUCUUAUUUAUGUUGAUUAACCCUAUAAAAAUGGAUUUUGUCUUUCCAGUGUUUUCGGAGUGUCACUUCAGUUUACAGUUUUCAGUGUUGACUGAUUAUAAAAAAUGAAGUGGGUGUCAAGGAGAAGAAUAGAAUAAAAUGCUUUUGUCACUUAAAGAAAUGUUAAGAGAAAUAUUUGAAAGCAGAAUCCAUUUGCUGGAUUAGCAUGUUUGGAAUUGUUUAAAUGCCAAGUUUUCUGUACAAUGUUUUUGUAAUUAAACUUUGGAGCUCUUUGGUUUUUAAGAAGUUGAUGUGCUUGUUUGACACUGCUUCAUUAAAAUUGUUCAACGUUGAA